AUGCAACGAAACGAUCCUGAGUUUUUCUAUUCAUUUGAUCUUGAUGAUGAUUCCAGGCUUUCAAAUGUUCUAUGGGUUCAUCCUCGUAGUCGAGUUGCUUAUGAGGAAUUCAAUGAUGUUGUCAGUUUUGACACUACUUACCUUGUUAAUCGAUACAAGUUGCCAUUUGCCACCAUUGUUGGAGUAAAUCAUCAUGGGCAAUCUAUUUUAUUAGGAUGCGCCUUGAUCUUACAUGAAAAUGUAAACACUUUUAAGUGGUUGUUCAUGACGUGGCUUGAAGUAAUGGGAGAUGUUCAUCCUAAUUUUAUUCUUACAAAUCAAUGUGAGAGCAUGAGGAAAGCCAUUAGGGAGGUAAUGCCUAAUACUAGACACAGAUUUUGCUUGGGGCAUAUAUUAUGCAAUGUACCUGAGAAGUUUAAGGGUGUUAUUCAUUAUGACAGUGCAUGCCUUGAGUUUAAAGCUAUAAUAUAUGGUAGCUUAACCAUCGAAAUGUUUGAGAGAAAUUGGAAUGAGUUUAUCGUGAAGCAUGGAUUGGAAAGAAAUGAAUGGCUUUCCAAACUAUAUGUUGAUAGGGAGCGAUGGAGAAAAGAUGUUAACCGUGUCCAUAGUAAAAAGUUUUUUUACGGAAGUUACCCACAUAUGACAAAGGAGUUUGAGAAAUACAGGGAGAUGGAGAGGUUAUUUCAAGAAGCAACAGAUUUGGCUUACGAUGACAAUAAGAUCAGAUUUGUGAAACAACGGUUGGCUGAAUUGAAGCAAGAUUUAUUAAGCUGGAGUAAUGGAAUGAUUGCUCCUACCAGUAAUGCACAGGCUACUAUUGACACUAACAAUGUUGAUGAAAACGAAGAAAAUGAAAGAGUUAUUCUUAAUCCAUAUGUGACUCCUAGUCGUGGACGACCACGAAUAAACAGGCACAGAUCAGUAAGGGAGAUCACUCAAUGA